GUGGAAGAAAGGAAGAAGCCCAGAAAAGUAAUUGAGGGAGUUUAGGAAAGUGCCUGACAUGGAUUUAUCGAAAGGACCCACGACUUUAUAUUUAUAUCAAAUGUAAAGAUAUUUGAUCACCUUUAACUUCCCUAUGCCCUUGGGUAAUCACUCGCUGCAGACUAACAGAUUUGAUGGCAACCGCUCUUUAGCAGCCUGUUUUAGAUCAGGCUCUGGAGUGGACUCCCCUAUCUGAGGGGUCCUAUGAGCACUUAGAGACCUGCGGAAGAUGGUAGCGAUGGCAGCUAGGCUGGGUGGAUGGCUUGGCCUGGCAUUAGGGCCGCGGUUGCUGUUGGCAACUGUUCUUCAAGCGGUGUCUGCCUUCGGGGCAGAGUUUUCAUCAGAGGCUUGCAGAGAGUUAGGCUUCUCCAGCAACUUACUCUGCAGCUCCUGUGAUCUUCUUGGACAGUUCAACCUGCUUCAGCUGGAUCCUGACUGUAGAGGAUGCUGUCAGGAAGAAGCACAAUUUGAAACCAAAAAGCUAUAUGCCGGAGCUAUUCUUGAAGUCUGUGGAUGAAAACUGGGGAGGUUCCCACAAGUCCAAGCUUUUGUCAGAAGUGAUAAACCCAAGCUUUUCAGAGGACUACAAAUUAAGUAUGUCCGUGGUUCAGACCCUGUACUGAAGCUUUUGGAUGACAAUGGGAACAUUGCUGAAGAACUAAGCAUCCUCAAGUGGAACACAGACAGUGUAGAAGAAUUUCUGAGCGAAAAGUUGGAACGCAUAUAAACCUUGCUUGAAUUGUAUCCUAUCCUUUUACUGCCUUAUCAAAUGAAAUGUUUCAGCACCUAGAAAAUAAUUUAGUUUUGCUUCCACCCUUUGAUCAGUCUUUUACUGUGAGGUAUUAAACAUCUAAUUAAAAGUUAAAGUAACAGCACAGCCCUUGAUAUCUAAGGACUUGGCAAGCUUAACAAAAGUCAUGUUUUAUAAAUUUCUAUCCCCCUACAAUUGUUGAUACCACGAACAGAGUGCUUUGUAAUAGACUUGUGGUUAAUUAUGCAAGUGGCAGUUUGUGAUAAUUGGUCCAGUUUUAUGAACAACAGCUUUUUAAAUGAGGGAGGUUGUAAGAGAGAUGAUUACUGCUAUGCUUCGUGUGCUGUGUGCUCUUUGAAAGUAUUUACGGUAAACUACAAAGCAAAUGAGAUAUGCCAAGCCUCAACAGAUUGCUUGAUCCUCAGAUUCUCCAUAUUUUUGUAUUACCCAGCUUUCCUUUUAAUAGAAAUGCUCUAGUACAUACAUAAUGAAUGAACAGCAUAAGAAACUUUAUGGCUUUGUUAUUGUGAAACAGAUUUAAGAUCUACUGUAACAGUGAAAUAUUCACCAAGAGUUGCGUUAAUGAGGACUACACAGAAAACCCUUUUGAGGAUUUGUGUGGAUCUGAUAUUUAGCAAGUUCUUGUGUUUUACAUUCUUACAAAAAAGCCAAUUUAAAAAUGAUCAUUUGUAAGACCAGAAUAUAAAUAAAAAGUUUCAAAAAAUGA